CAUCGACCAAACCAACCCGAAAUCAGGUUCCCACACUCGAGUUAGCAACAGACUUUUGACGGCCAGCAUCAAAGCAUGUCCCUACAAGUGGACGAACGGAGCCGAGGCGGGCGGUCCCGCUCCCCCGCAGAUCGCCGCCGGGAGGACGAGGACCGCCGGCCGCGGAGCCACGUCCGCACGUCCUCGGCAAACAUUGUCGAAGCCGGUGUGUACCCGCCAGCCAACGACAACUAUCGCGACGUUGACCCUGCCCUUGCGUAUGAACAGCUCGCCAACUACCCGCCUUCCGCUGGUAAUCGCGGCGGCGAUUACUACCACAGCAGCUAUCAUGCGUCAGCGCCAUCGCUAGGCAGGCCGCGUGAGCGGUCGCCCUCGCGUGAACGGGUGAGAGAUCAGUCGCGCCUUCGCGCACAGAGCCGUGACAGGAGACCGGAUCCCAGAGAGUCUUCGGAUUGGGGAAAGAACAUCAACAGGGAGCGCCCGGGUGAGUUUGCCGGCAUGUAUCUUCCGCCCAAAUAUGCCACCACCGUUGUUUCGGCCGACUCGACAGGAUCACCACAUGGGUCACGCGACUCGUUCCAUGGUCAUGGCCGCGCGCCCAGCACCUCGGGCAGGGACAGAGAUUCCAGCAGGGAGCGUCAGCAACGCAAAAAGGACAGACUUGAGGACGAUCUUGCCUACGGGAAGCGUCCAGAGACGCCGCCAUCACCGGGUUACCACCGUCCUCGUCCGUCUAGCUACCAUGCGGGUGUUGGAAGACCCGACGACAAGUACGGCGAGCCCAUCGGCCGUCACAGCGGCCGCACCCACAGCCCGAACAUCAGCAUCAGCAGCGCCUACGAUCUGCGCUCCGACGACCGCAAAGGAGGCCGUAUCGAUGCUCCCAGCGUCGUCACCAUUGAGCCUCCUCACGUCAGCGGCAGCGGCUACCCUUCCUCACCCGGUCGAGGCCGCCACGAAGACGACGGCAAACUCCCCCUCAAGUCCGCCAUGCGUCCCGGCCGCGAAAAGUCUCCGCUCCCGCCUACCAACCGCAUGUCCCUCCUCUCUGUCAACGGACACAACCCUCACAUGUCCAACGGCAACCUCUCUGUCGCCAACGCGCCCGCUUCCCCAAUGCUCGAAUCCUAUCACGGCACCUACCAAUCCAUGUCCCCGAUGCCCUCCCCCUUGAUGCUCCCCACCCAACCCGGUCCCAACGGUUCCUCGUACAGCUUCGUCGAGCCUUUAUCUCCCCUCUACGGCUCCUCUUCGUCGGACGACGAGUAUCACCGCAAGGGAGGCGGCAGCGGCGGUGGUGAAAAGAAAGGUCACGCCCGCACCCACUCCCGUCGCGCCCGCUUCCACGACCCCAUCGACGACGCCGCCCGCCUCGCCAAUGCCCUCAAGGGCGAAAGCCGCGCGCCCGACACGCCCGUCCUCAUUGAGAUCUUACCGGGCCUCACGCACGAGCAGGUCAUGGACCUGCGGGGUGAGUACAAGCGGCUGGUGAAAACCGGCGCCGAGCGCAGGGGUGUCAAUAUCGCCAAGCACAUCCGCGCGCGGCUCAAGGACGAGGAUCCGACGCUCAUGAAGGCGUGCUAUACGGUGGCGCUGGGCCGGUGGGAGUCGGAAGCGUAUUGGGCGAAUUUCUGGUACCACGGGGAUAAGACGCGGAGGGAGUUGUUGAUUGAGAGUCUGAUGGGCAGGACGAAUGAGGAAAUCUGCAAAAUCAAGGCAGGGUUUUCAGACAAAAAGUACGGGGAUAGUCUUGUGAAAUGCAUGAAGAUGGAGUUGAAGGAGGAUAAGUUCAAGAAGGCGGUGUUGAUGGUUUUGGAGGAGAAGAGGCAGGAGGAUGUGGAUCGGUUUGGACACCCCGUGAGACUGGAUCUCGAGCUGGUGGCGGAUGAUGUGAGGACGUUGAGGGAAGCGAUUAAGUCCGAGAGGGGGGGCGAGUCGGCCAUGCUGGCGAUUGUGGUGAUGAGGAGUGAGACGCACUUGAAGGAGGUGAUGAGGGUUUAUAAGGAGACGUACAAGGGGGCGAAUUUUGCUAGGGAUGCGUUGAAGAAGAGUGGGAAUCUUGUCGGAGAAGUCCUAGCCCACAUCCUCAACGGCGUCAUCAACAAGCCCGUUCGCGACGCCAUGCUGCUCAACCACGCCCUAACCCUGUCCAAGCGGGACGAGCUGCGGCGCGAGCUGUUGAUUUCGAGAUUGGUCCGCUUCCACUGGGAUGCUGGCCACAUGUCCCGCGUCAAGAAGGCCUAUCACGAACACUACGGUCAGGAUCUCCAGGAGGCCGUCAAGGAGGCUACCAGCGGCGAGUGGGGAGAGUUUUGCGGGCAGCUGUGCGUCAGCAGGAUGCCGGAUGAUGUCAAGAAGAUUGAAAGGAGGCCGACGGACGAUUUCUAGGAAAAUAACGCCGCGGUUCUUUUUAUGACAACGUCUGAGGUGGGAGGGGAGGAUGAUGCUCGAGAUGGGUUUGGUGAACCCACUGAGCGGUGGGGAUGGAAGAAACGGUACAUGGCAUAUGAAUGAAGGGAUGGAUGGUUGAUGACUGGGAAGGGAUAUCAUGAGUGUUAUGGCUUUGGAUGAAAUGUGAAUGAUGGAACUGAUGAUUAGAUUACGAUGGAUAUACCAAUUCUCCCAUACGCAUACUCUGUUUUCUCUUUAUACAGAUUGGAUUGUCAUGAAAUCUUUGCCCUCUGGCGGGCUCCUUCUUA